UUAUUUGAAAUAUGAAUUUUGAAAACUCAAAAACACUCAAAUAUUAAAUUAGGUUUAUUAAAUAUUAAGAAAAAUAUUCCAGAAAAUAGAUGCGAUAAUAAUUAACACUUGGUUUGGUUAAAAUAAAACGGUAUUAUUGUAUAAUAUUUAAAUCUAAAUCUAUUAUUAAAAUAAAUGUCUCGAAAUUAAAAUAUCGAAAUGUUUCGAAUUCUUAAUAAAAAAAUAUUAUUUGGAACAACAUUGCGAUUAACUCCAGCAGCUAUAAUUCCGUUUUUCAAUACUCCUAAUAAGAAUGACAUUGAUAAUCUUAAAACUAACCCAAAAGAUGGACCCAUUACAGGGUGGGAGAGAGUUAGACAAAUGUUUACUGUAAAUGAGGAUGAUGUUAUUUCUAUAGAAUUGCAUAAUGUCAUACAAGCUUCAUUAUUUGGAGCCUUUGUUGGUGUAUGCUACGGAGGUUUCUUAAAAUCAAAAGAUGCAUAUAUCUCCUUUUUGGAAAACAAUCAAGCAACCAUAUUUAAAUCUACUUUUGAAGCAAAGAGAAAGUUGCAAGACUAUGUGACUAUAGCAUUUGCGAAAGGUGCGGUCCGUUGGGGUUGGAGGCUUUUUAUCUUUACUGGAAUGUAUACUUUAAUUGCAACUACAAUAUCUAUAUAUAGAGAUAAAAACUCCGUUUUAGAGUAUGUGGUUGCUGGUGCAGUGACGGGGUCACUUUAUAAAGCCAAUCUUGGUCUUGCUGCAACCUUAGUUGGUGCUGGAUUAGGUGCUGCCCUAAGUCUUAUUGCUGGUAUAGUUAUAAUAGGCAUUUUGAAAAUCAGUGGUGUAUCAAUGGCUGAUAUUCGAAGAUCACUCUACACAUUAAAGGAGAUGAGGGAAGAACAAUACAAUCAAGGCGUGGAAAAACAUGCAAAAGAAAAACAUGAUAACUUAACAAAACAUCAUGAUCAGUUGGUUGAGUCUAAAGGAAAGACGAAAGUUGAUGAACUAUAAUAUUUUUUAAAUAUGUAGAUUAAAUGUAAAUAAAGAUUAUUACUAACAUUUA